AUGCAUUAUGUGGUGCUAGAGGUGGAAGCAACGCAUCGAAUUGAAGCUCCGAAGGAUCAUGGACGUGUUAACAAACUGUCCUACCAAUUCAUCGAUGCGGAAUCUAUGAAGGCAUAUUAUGCAGAUGAUCAAAUUCCACUAAUUAGCCUGGAUCAACAGGGCUCUAUUUCAUUUCAGGAAUCUAUUGCCAAAUUUGACAGAGAUGUGAUGUCGAUUGUGGGUGAGGAUGAGUUCGUUCUUUGUUCUUUAUACUCUACUUGGCAUAUUCGCGUUACUAUACCUCGCCAGGCUCGUGAUGAAGGUUUCUUACUUCCUUCAUAUCUACAGCAUCCAAGGGUUUUCGAUUUGUGGAAAGAAUACGAUAGAUGGUGUGCUAAUCAUCCCGAAGUACUGACCUUGAGGAAGAGUUGUCGCACAGGUAUCAAGAGAGUGAAGGACCAAACUGAGAUCUUGAAAGUCUUGGAGAUGUCAACAGAAGAGAUCACAGAAAAGCCUGUUCUGGGUUACACUGUCGAUAUUCUCUUGCAAUUGUGCGAAAGAUGUACGACCAAGGAGGAUAUCUCUGAUGUCUUGAGUCGUCCAUAUGAUUCGCACUUGGAUAUUCGUAAUUUUCUGCAAGAGCAAUCAAAAGUUUUGUAUUUGAACAAUUUGCCACCAGAUACUACUCAAAGUGAGCUCGAAUCCUGGUUUACUCAAUUUGGUGCAAGACCGGUAGGUUUUUGGACAGUCAAAAAUAUCGUGGAGGAAACUGCAAACAUUAAUAAUAAAUGGAGCAUGAACAACAGUCCGUAUGUCGAAGAGCAAGACAGUAUAUCUGGGUUUGUUGUUUUUCAAACACAUGAAGAAGCGACCGAAGUAUUGGUACUCAAUGGACGUUCAAUCUUGUCAAAUAUGGCAAAUACAAAACAACCUAGAGUAGUGGAACAUAUCGUGGAAAUACAGCCCUCGUCGACAAGGGUUCUCGACAGGGCUCAAGAGAUUUUAUCACCGUUCCCUCAAAGUAAGAAUAAACCUAGACCUGGGGACUGGAAUUGUCCCUCUUGUGGGUUUUCCAACUUUCAAAGACGUACUGCUUGCUUCAGGUGCUCGUUCCCAGCUGCCUCAGCUGUGCAAGUUAACAACAAGCAAUACAUGAAUUACAAUGGCAACAUAAACAGCACGAAUCAAGGUGGCAACAUCUAUAUCACCAAAGUAGGUGGAAGUCCGACCCAAUCUCAUUAUCAGAUCAAUACACAAUUGCCACAGACACAAGCUGUGAGAACAAAUGCGAAUUACAACGAUCAAAAUUCCUUGAAGCAUAGUAAUUCUGCUUACCGUUUCAACGGCAACAACGGGGGCAAUAGCCCUAUCAUGAAUUACAGCAACAACAGAUUUAAUGGCCAACAAGUCAAUAAUUCCAAUGUUAAUAACGGUGGCUCUAACGUUCCCUUCAGAGCUGGAGAUUGGAAAUGUCCAACCUGUACAUAUCACAACUUUGCGAAGAACCUGGUAUGUUUACGUUGCGGAGCAGCCAAGGUCAGUAUCUCAGAUUCUAAUAAUGAUGACAACAGCGUAGCAAGGUCGAUCAGCAACGGUAAUAACAAUAAUAAUAACAAUAAUAACGGUAAUAACGGUAGCAUUUACAACAGAUAUGGUAAUGGGAGUCUCGGUAACUUGGUUUCUACUGCAUCAUCUACUGCAUCUAGCGCUGCAACACAUGAUUUAGGCAGUAACAAGAGGGGAAAUGGGUAUUUCACAAAGCGUGUCGGUAAUUUGAACGAGAAUGAGCUCGGUAUAACUUUGAAUACUAGGAGUUCAUCGGAACCCAAGUGGCAAAAGUAG